CACUGUACCGUCCUCAUCAUACCAGAGGAUCUCCACGUAAACUGGGACACAUCCAAGCCUCCCGCAAGCCGGUUAAAGGUAUAUGCAGCCUUUUGAUCCCCAUCUCUUUAAGCGAUCUGGCAGCAUCUUCGGCACAACCUUUUUCCAAUUUUCAGGAAAGAAAAAGAGAAGGCCCGUUUUAGGUUUUUACGUUUCUUUCUGUGUUCUGAUACUUACCAAAAAACGACUGACGAUAAAGAAUGGCAGACGAGAACCACUCAGCGAAACGACAACGUGUCAGUAAAGCUUGUGACCAAUGUCGACGUAAAAAAGUCAAAUGCGACGGUACGCUUCCCCAGUGUAGCAACUGCAAGACAGUAGGCCUUGAAUGCAAAUACAAUGAAACAAACAAAAAGCGAGGCCCACCCAAAGGUUAUAUUGAGGCGAUUGAAGGUCGGUUACAACGACUCGAAGCUUUGCUUAGCAGUGUAGUGCAGGAAGACGACCCACGAUCACAGGCCAUCAUGGCAGAACUCAAUGCACCACUUCAUACACCUUACGGAGAGCUAGUCCGACCUCGUCUUUUGGGACGAGGAUUCAACGAACCAGAACAGCCUUCGGUAUCAGGACCAUCGACGCCGAGCAGCACGGCGAGUAGUCCUAUCGCGCCACGACAUCAACAACCAUCACAACAUCAGCAACAACAGCGGACUCAGCAGGCUCUAAAUGAAAACAACGACACUUUGGGAAGUCAGUACACUGACGGAAAUAGUCCAGUGCGCUACUACGGCAAGUCAUCUGGCUACUAUAUGCUUCGUGAUAGCAAAAACUAUCGUGAUGGCGUGUUUCGCUUUAACUCGCAAGGUUACUGCAAAGGCUCCAACAACGACCGCCUUACGUCUGUGAAAGCACUGCUCUCCUUGAACCCUUACGAAUUGCCACCAAAAGACCUGUCGAAGCACCUGAUCGACUUAUACUUUGAACACUACUACCCGUUCCUGCCAAUCCUACACAAGAACUCGUUCCUCGCAUCCUUGGACAGCCAGGAUAGCUCAGUGCAGCCAGCAGCGCCGCUCUUGCUCAACUCAAUCUACGCGCUGGCUUCGCGUAUCUCACCUGAUCCGCGGGUGCGCGCUGAUCCGAACUUGCCAGACACAGCUGGUGAUAUUUUCUUCGAGCGAGCGCGACUAUUGCUGGACAAUGAAUGGGAGAAUUUUACUGUAUCAACGGUGCAGUCACUCAUCUUGCUGAGUAGCCAUCAGACAGGUGCCAUGAAAACGGUUCGUGGAUGGUUGUACAGUGGAUUGGCAUUUCGAAUGCUUCAGAAUUUGGGCUUGAACAGAAACUGUGACAAGUGGAAAAUGUCUGAUAUCGAAAAGGAGAACCGGAAACGAAGCUUCUUUUGCUGCUUUGUGGUGGAUCGAUUAGCAUGCGCGAUGUUUGGUCGAACACCCAUUAUUGACGAACGCGACUACGACACACCCUUCCCCACUGCGAUUGAUGAAGACGAUCCGAGCGUCAUCGACAAUUUUCACCAACUUAUCAAACUUUGCGGGACGUUGGGUUCCGUUCUUCGACAACUCUAUACGGUAUACGGGCGCCAUCAGCUUUCAGUCAUGGCAACACCAGAUCGUGUUAUAUCCGCGCUCGAUAAGGAACUGAAUGGAUGGAUGGCGAAACUCCCUCUAUCAGUACUGUAUCGCCCACCGAAUACGCGUGCAGGCGAUCGAGCACCUGCACCAUCGCUGGAACGAUGUCAGCUUCACAUGCUCUUCUACACAACACUUAUCCUGUUACAUCGGCUGUUUAUCCCGGGACGAUGCCAUUCGGUGACACCAUCCGUAUUCCCAGCUGGUGCUAUUUGCACCUAUGCAGCCAACAAAAUACUUGACAUUUCAAUAUCACUGAUGGAAGAAGAACGGCUGAACCACGUCAAUUGCUACGCACUCUAUUUUAUGUUUACCGCUGGAACGAUCUUUAUCAACGACGCAUCCUCCCCGGACAGCAAUGCUGCGCUAGAGGCUAAAAUUAACGUCAACAGAAUCAUGCGAGCAAUGGAACAGGUCGAGACGACGUGGAAGACAUCGGCACGACAUUCCAAUAUCUUGGGUGAAUUGGCUGGAUUGCGUGACAUCAAUCUGGAAGAAGGCGCAGGAGCACAGGAGGACAGGCAGCUACAACGGCAACAACAGCAACAACAGGUCCUAGCUACUCCUGCUGCAAUUGCUGUACCGACCUCGCCCAUCCUUGGCCCUGCUGCUGCUCCUAGUAGGAGUAUGCCGUCAUCAUCCACUGCACCAUCAUAUAGUACGGCUCCUGUUUCUAGUACUGCAGCACCUGCACCCUACCAAAGUACUACGUCUUACAGUGAUACCAAGCUGCCGGAAACACCUGUAUCUAUAGCAACAUCCACAGCAACACCAAAGCAGUCGUUUGAUUAUGAAUUUCCGUUUGUCAACGCGUAUGAUUCGGCUUCAGCAGAACAAAAGGACAAACUACACCAGUUCGAUCCAAACAAUAUGGCAUUCUGGGGAGUACCAACAUCCUUUGAUGUGGAGGAAUGGAACAAUUAUUUGAACAACCAAAACUUUCAGCAGCCACCUGAAGACGGCUUACGUGUUUUACCAGAAUAGUUUUCUUAACAAUUAGUAGCUAUAUCGUCAGUAUUUCUAACAUCUUACACAUUCACAUUGUUUUUUAACAUCAUUAUUUUGCGAAAAAAAAACAUCUAUUCAAAUUCACACACACACACAUACUCGAUUACAUUAACACUUUAAAGUCCCAUCGCUUAUUAUGCAUAUGUAGUACUUUAUUACUCUUCAACUUUUUACAAUUUAACAAUAUAGCAGCGCUAGCAUCUUUUUGAGUUCC